UCCCCUUCAGCGAAUGUGGAGGGAAAGAGCUGUUUCGACCUAUCCGAAAGGUUUUGCACCGGAUAUAAUUUGACAGUUUAAUGUAAGAACAUACAAGGACAGUUAUUAAAGGUAAACUUCAUCAAAGUAGAAUAAAUUGUUUUUAUCGAAACUUUUGAGUGAAUGAGUGUCCUGCGAAGUUAAGCUUAAGGUCUCGUUCGAUUUCCACGCUUAUGUUAAUACUCAUCUUUUGUCUGUCGAAUUUUAACUCACAUGGAUAUUAGGAUGUGAAAUUGGACGUCAUCCUUGCAUUUUAAUUGAUUCGUGUCCAAUUUGUUUGCCUUUGUGGAAGUCUCAGGAAGAAUAUCGCAAUACUGUUCUUCAGCACACACAGUGGGCUACAACUAACUCACUGGGAAGAGUGAAGAAGAAACUUAGCGAAGUUGCUUUAUCCGGCUAUUGAAGCUGACAUUUAAACAGUUGUAUUUGGUGGAAUAUUAUUGGAGAGUUAAUAAUGGAAAAGUGGGAGAUUCUUCAAUAUAUCAACAUGGAGAUGUGAAAACGUGGCAUUUGUUUUCACGCUCAGUGCUGUGUUUAUUUAGUGCGCGAACUGGACUAAGUUGUUUCCCUUUGCAAAUAAGACAAUUUAUUUCGGAUUGUUGGAGCCUUCGCGCAUUCUUGUCAGGUUUACCAGGAAGAAACUUUUUAAUCAUCAAAAUGCCACAACUUAAUGGAGGCGGCGGCGAUGAUCUGGGGGCAAAUGAUGAAAUGAUAUCAUUCAAAGAUGAAGGGGAGCAAGAGGAAAAAAUAUCCGAAAAUGUGUCAGCCGAGAGGGAUUUAGAUGAUCUGAAGUCUUCGUUAGUAAACGAAUCAGAAAACAACAGCAGCUCGUCAGACUCCGAGCAAGCAGAAAGGCGCCCUCAACCAAGACCAGACUUGGACAGUUAUGAGAAAACCAGGGAUUACUUUAGUGAAGCACUCAGAAGACAGCAAGAUGGUGGCUUUUUUAAGAGUCCCCAUUACCCUGGGUAUCCGUUUCUUAUGAUCCCAGAUCUUACGAACCCCUACCUAUCCAACGGGGCUCUGUCUCCCAGCGCCAGAACGUACCUUCAGAUGAAAUGGCCCCUGCUGGAUGUCCCUGGAGCUGCUGGACUCAAAGACUCACGCUCUCCCACCCCAGGGCAUCUAUCCAACAAAGUCCCAGUAGUGCAGCAUGCUCACCAUGUACACCCGCUGACCCCCCUCAUCACCUACAGCAAUGAACACUUCUCACCCGGAACCCCUCCCUCACACCUCUCCCCAGAGAUCCUUGACCCAAAGACAGGCAUUCCUAGGACGCCCCACCCAUCAGAGCUGUCUCCAUACUACCCCCUGUCUCCUGGUGCCGUGGGACAGAUCCCCCACCCUCUGGGCUGGCUGGUGCCACAACAGGGCCAGCACAUGUACUCCAUCCCCCCGGGGGGGUUCCGCCACCCGUAUCCUGCCCUCGCAAUGAAUGCAUCCAUGUCCAGUUUGGUGUCUAGCCGAUUCUCCCCCCACAUGGUACCCCACCAUCCCCAUGGCUUGCACCAGACCGGCAUCCCGCAUCCUGCCAUCGUUUCCCCGGCCGUCAAGCAGGAGCCCAACAGCCAUGACAACAUGAGUCCCUCUAUGCAUUCCAGGAAGUCUCCUGGCCUGGCAAAGAAGGAGGAGGAUAAAAAGCCUCACAUCAAGAAGCCUCUAAAUGCCUUCAUGCUUUACAUGAAGGAGAUGAGGGCCAAGGUGGUGGCAGAGUGCACGCUGAAGGAGAGCGCUGCCAUCAACCAGAUCCUGGGACGAAGGUGGCACUCACUAUCAAGAGAAGAGCAGGCCAAAUACUAUGAGUUGGCAAGAAAAGAGAGGCAACUCCACUCCCAACUCUAUCCAGGCUGGUCAGCACGAGAUAACUAUGGAAAGCGGAAAAAGAGGAAGAGAGAUAAUAAGCCAGACUCAACACCAGAGGCAUAUGAGGUUCAGUGCUGAUAGUGGCUCUGUGGCAGGUAUGUCUGCUGUAAUGAAUCAGACAGGCUGAAGUACUGAAGGCCACUCUUUGCCAUUCUACCCGCAUGCCACAGUGGUCUGGUCUGUUGCAUCACAGCACUCAAACUCAUUUAGAUUCAGGAAUUUUAACGUGUCACCGACUUUCUUUAUACGAUCACAUACAUUUUCUCUCCCACCCAGUUGCUUUUGUUUCUAAAACACAACCCAUUUUGUUUUGCAGUUCAUACCUUAUGGGAAGUGCUGAGUGAUUAGUAGAUCCUUUAUGAUUGGGUUUGGUUUCAGUUUGAUAAUAACUGGGAUUUUCAGUUAGUCAAGAUUAUUCUGUUUUUGUUUACAUUGAACGUAUUAUAAAAUAAAGACACAUUUCAGUUUAGCACACACAGCAUAUUUCUAGUUUUCCUUUGCAGAAAUCUCUUAUGAUGCUGGCAGGAAUCUUUCUUUGAACUCUCUGCUCCUCUACUAGUCGCUCCUCCCAUUAGCCAUCACAUACUGUCACCUGCCCAUUUCCUUACAGUUGGUUCCUUACAGUGCUUUAACAACAUAGACCAUAGGCUAAUUACUGGGGUGCUUGUUUAUAAAAAAGAAAGUACUUGAUUUUUUCUUAAGUCGUAAUUAUCUCAUUAGCAGUAGCAGACAGCCCACCACAAGCAGCCAUGUUAUCUCAGCCUGUUCCCAUCUUAGCUAGGCUAGUAGCUGCAAGCUGAUUAGCUAUGAUAACUAGCUCCCUAAUCAUACUGCAGAGCUGUCUGACAAAAUCACAUUAGCAAGUUCAGUUAUGAUGACGUUGAUUUCAGGAUUACUUUCAGGAUUCUUAAUAAUUACUAUCACUGUCAGUUGGGCUACACUUUUCUCUUACCAUAAUUCUGAGGAUCAUUGUGACUGACUGACCGAUUUACAAAUACAUAUUGGUAGUUAUUUAUGAUGCAAAAUGAUUUGUAGAUCAGUCUACGGUCGCCUGCAGUCCUUUUGACCCUCUGGAUCAGCCUAUCACUCUUUUCACUAACUCAGUGUGUCUAGUGUCCACUGUUUUCUCUCAGUCUAUGUAGCCAGGCGCAAUAGAUUAUGGUCAUUGUUGUUAAUUAUAAAAUAUUUCUGUGCUAAACUAGGUUAUGUAUUUUGACUAAUGAAACUCCUGAAAGCACAGCAUCUCACAGCUUGUCCGAGUCUUGACCUAAAUUAUUAAAUGGAGCGUUGAAUUAGUUGAAUUAGUUUAUUUAAUAAUAGAACAUAUAACAUUUGGGAUAAUCACUAAGCACUAGAGUUCUAUUUAAAAACAAUACAUAAUCUGGAAUUAAUUUACUGUGUUUUUCAUGUUCUGUACAUUGUCUGAAUAUUUGUCCAGCUAUUAUUGUAUGCAAGAAACGGGCACUGUUGAAA